ACCCAUGGGACAACACCCGCUGUGCGACAUGGAGGUGCCUCUGCCUGCAAUCCCGGCAGCACUGAGCAGCCUGGCUGUGGCCCAGGCGUGUGGCAGCCCUCGGCUGUGUGUCUGGGCUCCUGCACGGUGACUCCACGGCACAGCAGUGUGCUGGGAUGCCCCUGGUCCAGCCUGGUCUCGCUGAGCACCCGGUGCUGCCCACACAGCCACGUGCCCCCACCGCCAGCCCUGCUCUGAGUCACACACAGCAGCAGCUCACAGGCGGUGUCGGCUCUCAGCCGUGCAGCAAGGAGUCACGCUGCCCCCUCCCCACCACCCCAAACCCCCCUGGGAAGCACGGAGCGUGCCCAGCACUGCCUCAGAUCACUGGGUCCUGGCUGUGGGAUCCCACACGGAGACGGGGACAGCGGAGUGAGCACUGCUGGUGACAGCGCUGGGACAGGGAAGGAUGUGCUGACCCCCCCCCCCAGGUAAGCAGGGAGCGCGUAGGGGUGAUGCUGUGUAUUAAAUGCAGGAUGGAUGUCCCCCCCAAACCCAGGCAGCACCCCUGCAUGCAAGAAGGACCCUGUGGCUUCAGUGGGGCGGUGGCAGUAGGAUGUCCCCACCAAUGGGGCACUGCUGCUCCCCCCCACGAGGCCUCUCCGGCGCCGGGCUUUGUUCAGCAUCACAGCCCAGCACCGAAAGGGUCCCACACGCCGUCUCCCCCCUCGCACACAGCACGCUGCAGGGACGCAGUGACGAAGGGCUGAGCAGGCAGUUCCCAUGGCAAUGUCCCUACGGUGGCGGGGAGGGACACGGCGCUCUGACUGCGGUGGCUGCGUCCCUGCAUGCAGCAGCCCCCCAGCCACGGGAACACAGUGGAGGCCACAUCCCUCCCCACCGCCGCCCCUCCAUCCCCACUGCCGCCUAUUGGGCGCUGCGGGUGGGCUGAUGUGGGUCCCAAUCCUUCCCGCACAGUGCUGGGUCUGUCCCGGGUCAGGCAGAGCACGGAGUGCCCCCUCCCCUAUUGCGUCCCAUAGGGAUAAGGGCUUUGCUGUCCCAGGCAGAAAUGGGAGUCCCUCUCAGCGCUCCCCAAAAUGGGUGGGGGGGCACAUCUGGCACCGGCACCCCAUCUCCUGCCCUGUGCCCAGAGGAAGGCAGGAUCCGGCUCAGCCCUGUGGGUGCCGUGCCUGUGGGGAGGGCUCCGGUGAUGCAUGGCCCCCCCAGGCCCGAUGCCCACCCUGCAGCCCUCCUGCAGCUGCAGCCGCGGCCCCAGCGUGGCACAGGGGAAGUGGUACGGGGUGCGCUCCUACCUCCACCUCUUCUAUGAGGACUGCACCGGGACUGGCCCUGAUGGGGACACAGAUGGGUCGUCACCUUCCCAUCCCCACGGUGUAUGGCCCUCCAUUAUCUGGAAGGUGACCCUCUCUGCGGGCACUCUGUUCCUGCUGGCGGGAGUGGCUGCCCUGAGCACCGGCUGGCUGGUGCCCCCCGGGCUGGAGGGCAUCAAGGAAGACAAGGAAGAGGAGCUGGUGGUGCUGGACAUGCAGGCCGUGCGCUAUAACCACGUGCCGGGUGUGUGCCGGCUGCUGGGCACGGCGCUGUGCAUCACGGCUGCAGUGCUGGGUGCUGUGGGGCUGCUCUGCUGGGUGCUGGGCAGAGCUUGGGGGGGCCGCCAAGAAGAGGAGCAGCAGCAGCUGUCGCCCAUCCUGCAGAGCAGCCCCCAGGGCCACAUGGUGCCCUUCGGUGCCUCCCAGCUCCACGGUGUCCUCCUGGCAGGAGGUGCGAGGCUGGGUGCACUGCUGCUGCUAGCCCAGAUCCAGCCUGGACUCAACCGGAUCCCACCUUGGAUCCCUUGCUGGCACCCAGAUGGCCGACCCCGGAUCCCAGCUGUGCCACGGGGACUCACUGCGUCAGUGCCAUCCCCCACCUGCAAGGCUGCUGUGCACCAUCGGCCACCGCCAGGUCCCAGCCUGGGACAUCCCAGCAGAGGACUCUAGCUCCUCCACCUGCUCCCCAACCGGCCAUGGGGACAGACAGGCACGGCCACCAGCUGCAAUGCACGAUGCUGCCGGCUGCUUGCAGUGGGAGCUCUGCCCCCAGCACAGCAUCCUGCCCUGCAGCCCCUGGCACGGAGCAGACGUAGCACACUCUCAUUGGUUUCCUUCAUUUUGCUCUU